AUGGGACAGGCAUUAUCGUCACGGGAAAUGUUCAUUUCAGGUCUCAGGGAGGCCCUCAAGACACGAGGAGUUCGGGUUAAAAAUAAGGAUCUAAAGGCAUUUUUUGAGUAUGUAGAAAGAUUGUGUCCCUGGUUCCCCAAGGAAGGAACAAUUGACGAGAUCAAGUGGGAAAGAGUUGGAAGUUGUUUAAAGGAUUUUCAUGAGAUCUUUGGCCCUGCAAAAGUGCCUAUUACGAUUUUUUCAUAUUGGAACCUGAUUAAUGACAUUCUAAAAACCCGUCACCUAGAUAAGACUAUUGAUGCCCUAGUAAGGGAUGGUGAGGAGACGUUACAGCAAUCCUCCCGACCUGCAUCUAAAUGCCCAUCUGUCAUUCUAGAUAUACCCUCCACUGAUGAUGACCCCAACAAUAAAAUUAAAGAGUCCACUUUAGCCCCUACCAACGAAGCGAGCCGACUAUAUCCUGCCAUCCGAGACAAAUUAGAUUCAGAUGAGGAAGCUGCCCCAGAGGAAGAGGUCGUGCACUAUCAUAAUUCCAAUUGGCCCCAAAAUGUUAAAAAUCCCCCGCCAUACAAUACUCACCCGCACCUUCCCAUUUGUGCCCCCGCUCUCUAUGACUUUAACCCUCCUGUGCCUGACUUGUCGGCCUUGCGACAGAGGCAAGCCGGAGGUCAUUCUGAGCCUGCCGCUGAUGGGGAAAAUGAGGCUGAGGAGAAUUCGCCCCACCACUCUGAGGAAGAUAGUGAGGAACCUGGGUCGGAGGAGGAAGAUCAGGUCCCCAAUCAAGGACCUGGUAAUGGACAGCCGCCACCCUAUAAAAAACUUAGUCUCAGAUUUAUUGAAAAACUUAAAACUGCUUGCACCCAGUAUGGUCCCACUGCCCCGUAUACUCAGGCCUUAUUGGAAAGCCAGAGUGCCCGGUGGCUUACACCUAAUGAUUGGGACUUCCUCGCCAGAGCUGCUCUCAGCGGAGAUGACUAUGUCCUGUGGAGGGCUGAUUAUGUUCAAAUUUGUAAAGAAAUAGCCCAACAAAAUUUUGCUAAAGCUUCAUCUAAAAAUUGGACCCUCAAAAAACUUUUGGGAGAUGCCCCGUAUAAUUCCAACAAUUCACAAGCCCAGUUCCCUGAUGGACUUCUGGCGCAAAUUAAAACUGCCGGACUAGGGGCUUGGAGAAAGCUCCCUCAAAGGGGAGCAGUCACUACCUCUUUGGCUAAGAUUCAGCAGGGGCCCGACGAGCCUUAUAGUGAUUUUGUCUCGCGCCUUAAUGUUGCAGCUGAGAGACUAGUUGGCCCAGGAGAAAAUGGAAGUGCAUUUGUUACGCACCUCGCCUUUGAAAAUGCCAACCCAGCUUGUAAAGAUAUUCUUCGGCCUCAUAAACAUAAGGGUGAUCUUUCAGACUAUGUGAGGCUCUGCGCUGGUGUGGGAUCGGCCCAUGCCAUGGGCUUGGCAAUUGGGGCCGCACUCAAACUGACGCAAAAUCCCUCCAAGGGGACCUCCACUUGCUACGCCUGUAAACAGCCUGGACAUUUUGCCCGCGAAUGUCCAACUGCCUUAUCAAACAGGCCCAUGGCCCAAGGCGCGGCUCCAUCUCCUCCAGGUAGGCCGCUCCCCUCCACCCCAUGCCCCCGAUGUCAUAGGGGUUAUCACUGGGCAAAUGAAUGCAGGUCAAAGACUAAUUCUUCAGGCCAACCCCUCCCUCCUAGUGUGCUGGGAAACUCCCAGAGGGGCCAGCCCCUGGCCCCAGUUUCUCAAAGGACAAACCCUGGGGCAGUACGCAGCCGCUAUCAGUGGAGUAGCUGCCGUUCCACAGGGCACCCGUCUAGCACAACUGGUUCUUCUGCCUUUAAUUACUGGAAGUACAUCCUCAAUUUCUUCCAGGCCCCGAGGCAUUACCCCUUGGGCUCCUCGGAUGCUUAUUGGGUCCAGCCAAUUACAAAAAAUAGGCCUGUGUUAACCCUUACUAUUGAAGGAAAGGAUUUCAAGGGCAUUUUGGAUACAGGGGCAGAUGCCACGGUCAUAUCUCAAGAUCAUUGGCCCGCCCAUUGGCCACUGACCGCAUCUCUCACCGAUUUGCGAGGUAUAGGCCAGUCCAAUAACCCCCAAGUCAGCUCAAGGGUAUUACGCUGGAAAGAUAAGGAAGGCAAUCAGGGCACUGUGACUCCUUUUGUAUUACCAGGCCUUCCUGUUAACCUGUGGGGACGUGACAUUCUCUCCCAAAUGGAAGUUAUCCUGUGCAGCCCUAAUGCUGUGGUCACACAACAAAUGCUGCGCAUGGAUUAUGUGCCUGGCACAGGACUUGGAAAAAUGAGACAGGGCAUAACUCAACCUAUUACAGCCCCCUCUAAAACAGAUAGACAUGGGCUCGGAUAUUCGGAUUUUUAG